AUUUUUCCAAUGUAUUUUAUUCUUUUGCUUCUCUUGCUUCUCCCACAGUAUUUAUCUGCGGCGAUUCAAGCGACUCUCUGCCUCGAUUUCAGAGCCCCAACCCCAAAUCCACGGUUGAUGAGACGUUGAGCCAGCCUGCUUAUAGUUACUUGCUAGAGGAAACAGACCCCGCCGUGUUGAAUUGAGCUGGUUCCCCGACAAAAGACCGUCUCUCGUCGGUAUCGGCUCGCAGCAAUCCAGACGAACGACGGGUCUCAACUUCCGGACUUACGCCUUUGUCUUACCGGAACCUCCCUUCUCGCCCUGGCCAGCACACCUCUUGUGAUGGCCUCCAUAACUUCUUCCUCGACUCCCUCUAUGGCGCCCUCUGCGGCCCAAGAAGCGGCCGCAACCCUACCAACCGGCCCGGCCCGCAACUUCAUGGAUCUGCCGCAAGAGGUGCAGAGAGAGAUCUUCAGACAGUGCUCGAAUAAGGACCUGAUCUGCCUCGCCACGGUGUCGAGGCACUUCCGCGACCUUGCUGCUGCCGAACUGUACCGAGACUUUAAGAUUGUCUUCCCGGAAGGCAACAGGCGCCCAGAGGACACGUCUUUCGACCCUCUCGCCCUCGGUCUUGACACCUUUGCGACGAGCGACUACAACUAUGCCCGCUACCUCAGGCGCAUGACUUUCGACACGGUCACCUUGGAUUUCACUGCAGCCGUCUCGUACCGCCCCUAUCAUUCCACCCUCAGCUGCGGCAAGUUUAUGAACACGCUUCUUCUCUUGGCGCUGCGCAAGGCACAGUCUCUCGAGUCCUUUAAGUGGAACAUCGGAGUCGAGCUCAGCCGUCCAGUGUACAAGGAGUUGCAUCAGAUUCCGGCACUCUCGCAUGUCCACAUAAGGCUCCAGACCUUACCAUCGCGAUACCAGAGUGCCUCGUCCCCCACAUUCGGCGCCUCGAAUUCCACAUCCUCGCCAGCAUCGGUCCAUGUUGCGCCUAUACCUUCAGUUCCCCCUCCCCUUCCUCCGCCGGUCUUUGCGUUUGGCGCCCAAGGUCCUUCAGAUGGUGUGUUCGAGUCCUCCUCGGUACCGCCGGGCCCGUCGUCUGGGCUCAAGCAGGCCCGUUCCAGAUCUCCGAGGAAAGGGUUUCUGAACAGAGAGCAUCCGACCUUGUCUGGCUUCAAGGGGCUCAAGAGCCUCGCCGUUCUAGACAUUGACAACCUCGACAUUGUGCCAGAACUCCAGUCGGCCGUUCGAAACUCCGCCGGGACCCUCUCGGAACUCAAGCUGUCUUUCUCGGAGAAGCUUGCCUCUGCAGCCCGCAAUCACCAGGCCAACGUCUCUGAUUCUGAAGAGUCAGACCAGGAAGAUGGCAUAAUGCCCGUCCCGUUAGAAGACGUCGGAAUGAGUGAACAGGCCAGAGACUUCCGGGCACAGCAGGCAAGGAAGGUUCAGGAGACGGUUUUGGCCAGGAUUCUCGAUGCCGAGCCGACGCCGGCAGAGGAGCUGGAGGCAGCCGUGGUGGAGACUGAAAAGAAGAAGAAUAAGAAUAAGAAUAAGAAGGGCAAGGCGAGGACCGAGCAAGAGUUGGUUGAUAUGAUCAAGACGAUCACGCCCAAACUCAUGGGUGAGCUAAACGGCACCAAGGAGUUCGCCGCAUCGCAAGACAUUACCGAUAUGAUUGGCCUCGCUGCCCGGAAGUACGUCGAGGAGGCCAAGUCACGCGGAGAGAAGGCAGACCAGGACCAGAACGGAGCCGACGGUGCUCCGUCGAGUAUCAGCGAGCCAUCUGACAAGGCCGCGGAAGGUGUGUCCUCUGAAGCAAGUGCUCCCGAGGUGAGCCUCUUUGGAGAGUCGGCAGCCUCCAAGAAACCCAAGGAUCACAGGCGGGUCGCGGAUCCCGACGACAUAGAUAUCGAAGAGCCACUAGAACAGCUCGCUAUCGAUGCCGGAGAGCCACCAGCCGGUGAAGCGCCAGGGGAUGAAACAGCAACGUCAGCGGACAACCCGGCGCUUGCCGACACGAGGACGAGAUAUGGAGAGGCUCUAGCCACUCUCAAGUUGCAGAAAGCCGACUUCAAGGCUCUGGCUGAAGAACUACAAACGUUCGAAUCUCAGGCCAGCGCUUUGGGCGACGAGAUCCGGCGGUGGCGGGCGGCCAACUCUCCCGCCAACCUUGAUUCCCUUGGCGAUGCCGAGUCGCAGUUACUGAGGCUCACGCGGAGCAUCCGAGAUAUGCAGGAGCAGAUCAGCGCGUGCCAGUCUGCGAUCGAAUGUGCCGAUAAGUCUUCGGCAGGCGAGGUCUGGUCGUGCAAGGAGCAUGCUCGCCAGGUGCGCGACUACAUCCGGGACACCAGAGGACUCGCCCUCGAGUCUCUUAGCAUCUUUCUCAUUCCGACAAAGGCGUCGGUUCUGUCCAAGGCCGUCGAUCUCCGCGUCCUUCGCCGCUUGACGCUGCUCAACGUGGGUAUCCAGGCGCCAAUCUGGGCACUGCUUCACAGGGAGAAUAAGGAAGCCCCGCUGCCGCUGCGCGAGGUCUUUACCGACAAUGUCUCGCUCAGCUUUCUGAACUGUAUCGCCUCGCUUGAGGAGGUGCGCGAGCUCCUGAUGCUCGAACGGGACCCUAGCGAGAAACCCGAGAGCUUCGCGCCCCGGACGCAAACGACCAUGGACCAGAUCCGCCGCAUCGUUCUUAGGAAGCAUGCUCCAACAAUACGAAACCUCAUGAUAAAGAACCUGGCCGAUGCGGCCUGGGAUGUAGACGAGAAGACGGUCCUGCUGCUAAGUAGGCGUGGAAAGAGGCUCGAGGAGCUGGCUUGCAACAUGAACGUCCGAACAAUGCAUUGCUUCGCGCAGCAUGUCAAUGCCUUCAAGACUCUCCGCGCCCUGCACGUUCACCAUCUGCAUAACAGCGAUACCUGUGUCUGGGUUGUGCGCGAGACUAAGCGUUUCCUUGUUGACAGCAUCUCGCAUAACCCGGACCUCAAGCUCGACUGGAUUGCCAUUGACGAGGAUGAGCGCGCCGACAGGAUUAUGCGGCUGUCCGAGUGGGUGAAGCUCGAUACGGGUGAAUGGUGCCACAAGGAUGAUCUCGAGCACGGGCUCAAAGAUGCUGCGGAGAAGAAUAAGAAUAAGAAGGGCAAGAGCAAGCAUCAUAGCUCUUCUUCGUCAUCAUCAUCAUCUUCUUCUUCCUCCCCCCCUUCUUCCUCAGGCCCGCUUUCGGCGCAAUUAGCGUCGGGCGUCGGCGUCGAGGAUCUGGAUGUCAGCGCUAUCAUUGCUGCCGAGCUGGGCGAGAACGGCGGAGACAGUAGUUCAAGCGAGAAUGGGAUUGGCGACUCCAGUGACGAGGAUGGGGAUGAGUUCCUGGGACAGAAGACCAGUCUAUACCAGGGUGUUAUGUUCUACGAGGUGGACGACGUGAGAAUCUUUGAGAAGGAGGUCGUCGCUGGAAGGCUUUGAGGUUGGAAAAAGAACUUCUUUGGCCGCGAGACGCUUACAAGUGAGGAAAAGGGAGCUUGGGUGACGAGAGGGCUGGCGUUGGAUCGGGCUUCUGGAAUGGGGGUUGGCGAGAAGACGGAUGGUAGCUGUUCGUGGUGUCUGGGUGGGAACGGUUUCUUUCUCAGGGCUCGGUAACCUUUUUUUUUUUUUUUGACUAACGCAAAGUAUUGUUAUUCGUCAUAGGUCUCCUGAUAGAAGUACAAGCGGAAUCAUACCCCCAAGUCUGAGCUGGAUUCAUGGAUAUGGUGACUCGCGUCGGCCUAAAGGAGGUGUGCCGGGGGGAUUGGCGUCAAGGCCGGUUGAUGCUCUGCCGCCAUCUGACGAAGUCUGCCGAG